AUGUCGGGUAUACCAUCUUCGAUUCGUAGUCUGAUUGGGUUCGGAGAUAAUGAAGCGCCGUUCGGAGAUACGAGUGAGCAAGUGACGAUCUCAUCGUUAGCGUUGAUUAAAAUGUUGAGGCAUGGUCGUGCAGGUGUGCCAAUGGAGGUGAUGGGUUUGAUGUUGGGUGAAUUUGUUGAUGAGUAUACUAUUCGAGUGGUUGAUGUGUUCUCUAUGCCUCAGUCGGGAAACACAGUUAGUGUGGAGGCUGUGGAUCCGGUUUAUCAAGCGGAGAUGUUGGACAUGCUUAAGAGGACAGGUAGGCCGGAGAUGGUGGUAGGAUGGUAUCAUUCGCAUCCGGGAUUUGGUUGUUGGUUCAGCGGUACGGAUAUAAAUACGCAGCAGUCUUUCGAACAAUUGAAUAGUCGAGCAGUGGGCGUGGUUGUGGACUCGGUCCAGUCUGUCAAAGGUUCAGUUGUGCUCGACUGCUUCAGGCUCAUCAACCCUCAUUUGCUACUGCUCAGCCCAGAACCCCGCCAAACCACCUCCAAUACUGGUCAUUGCACCAAACCCACUAUCACCGCCUUAAUUCACGGCCUCAAUAAACACUACCAUUCACUUGUUAUUGACUACAAGAAAUCGCCCUUAGAACAAAAGAUUCUCGCAGGACUCAUGAAACCUCAAUGGACCGACACCCUUAAACUCAAAUCAUUUACAGACCACCAACAACAUACCAACAAACAAGUCGCAUCUAUCAAGUCCCUACUCAAACUUUACAAAAAAGAAGUUGAGCAAGAUCUCAAGCACUCCGAAGAAGAACUUAUGCUACAAAGGGUCGGAAAACUGCAUGCAAAACGACAACUGCAAAAUGUCGUCGACGAUAUGCUACAAGACACAAUUGCCCAGUCAAUAACUGCAACCGUUUCCAAUACCAUAUACUAA